GGCGGCAGCGGGCGGCAGCUUCGCGCCGAGUCCCGGAGCGAGCGAGCGGGCGGGCGGGCGGGCGGGGGGGGGAGAAGCGGCGGCGGCUGCGUCCUGGGGUCCGGGAGGAGCGAACACCUGCCGCGGCCUGCCCGCCCGAGAAAGGCGCUCGGCUCCAGGUGUUCUGGGAUGGAGAAAGCGUGAAGAGGGUGAGGGCCCAACUCUGGGACCAUAUAACUUGCUUCGUUCCUUAGCAAGAUUAUCUGCUUGAGCAAACUCAAGCCCAUGAUAAAGAUGUCUGUGGGCCUGUCCCUGCUCCCCCUCUGGGGGAGGACCUUUCUCCUUCUACUCUUCAUGGCCAUGGCUCAGUCCCGCUGGCCAAGCGAACCUUCAGAGGCCGUCAGGGACUGGGAGAACCAACUAGAGGCAUCGAUGCACUCAGUGCUUUCUGACCUGCAUGAGGCGGUUCCCACCGUGGUUGGCAUUCCUGAUGGCACGGCUGUCGUCGGUCGCUCAUUUCGAGUGACCAUUCCAACAGAUUUAAUUGCCUCCAGUGGAGAAGUAAUCAAGGUGUCUGCGGCGGGGAAGGAGGCCUUGCCGUCUUGGCUUCACUGGGACCCACAGAGCCACGCCCUGGAAGGCCUCCCCCUGGACACUGAUAAGGGUGUGCAUUAUAUCUCAGUGAGCGCCGCACGCCUGGGGGCCAACGGGAGUCACGUCCCCCAGGCCUCCAGUGUGUUCUCCAUUGAAGUCUACCCUGAAGACCACAGCGAGCCCCAGUCUGUGAGGGCAGCCUCCCCGGACCCCGGCGAGCCAGUGUCUUCUGCUUGUGCUGCUGACGAGCCGGUGACUGUCCUCACAGUGAUCCUGGAUGCCGACCUCACCAAGAUGACCCCCAAGCAAAGGAUCGACCUCCUGCACCGGAUGCGGAGCUUCUCAGAAGUGGAGCUUCCCAACAUGAAGUUGGUGCCGGUGGUGAACAAUAGACUGUUUGACAUGUCCGCUUUCAUGGCUGGCCCAGGAAAUGCAAAGAAGGUGGUAGAGAACGGGGCUCUCCUCUCCUGGAAGCUGGGGUGCUCCUUGAACCAGAAUAGUGUGCCUGACAUUCGUGGCGUGGAGGCCCCUGCUAGGGAGGGUGCUAUGUCUGCCCAGCUUGGCUAUCCAGUGGUGGGUUGGCACAUUGCCAAUAAGAAGCCCCCUCUUCCCAAACGAAUCCGGAGGCAGAUUCACGCCACCCCCACACCUGUCACUGCAAUCGGACCCCCAACCACGGCCUUCCAGGAGCCACCAACCCGGAUAGUGCCCACCCCUACAUCACCAGCCAUUGCUCCUCCAACAGAGACCAUGGCUCCUCCCGUCAGGGAUCCUGUUCCUGGGAAGCCCACGGUCACCAUUCGGACUCGAGGUGCCAUUAUCCAGACCCCCACUCUGGGCCCCAUCCAGCCCACUCGGGUGUCGGAAGCUGGCACCGUGGUUCCUGGCCAGAUUCGUCCAACAAUGACCAUUCCUGGCUAUGUGGAGCCCACCGCAGUUGUUACUCCGCCCACGACUACCACCAAGAAGCCACGCCUGUCCACCCCCAAACCAGCAACGCCUUCGACGGAUUCCUCAACCACCACGACUCGUAGACCAACCAAGAAACCACGGACACCCCGGCCAGUGCCUCGAGUCACCACCAAAGCUCCGAUCACCCGGCUGGAGACCGCCUCUCCGCCUACUCGUAUCCGAACCACCACCAGCGGAGUGCCUCGUGGCGGAGAGCCCAACCAGCGCCCGGAGCUCAAGAACCACAUCGACAAGGUGGACGCCUGGGUGGGCACCUACUUUGAGGUGAAGAUCCCCUCAGACACCUUCUAUGACCUCGAGGACACCACGACAGACAAGCUGAAGCUGACCCUGAAGCUGCGCGAGCAGCAGCUGGUGGGCGAGAAGUCCUGGGUGCAGUUCAACAGCAACAGCCAGCUCAUGUACGGCCUGCCCGACAGCAGCCACGUCGGCAAGCAUGAGUACUUCAUGCACGCCACCGACAAGGGGGGCCUGUCAGCCGUGGAUGCCUUCGAGAUCCACGUCCACAAGCGCCCGCAAGGGGACAAGGCUCCUGCCAGAUUCAAGGCCAGGUUGGUGGGCGACCCGGCAUCCUUAGUGAAUGACAUCCACAAGAAAAUCGCCUUGGUCAAGAAGUUGGCCUUUGCCUUCGGGGACCGAAACUGUAGCACCAUCACCCUGCAGAAUAUCACCCGGGGCUCCAUCAUGGUGGAAUGGACCAAUAACACGCUCCCCGUGGAGCCCUGUCCCAAGGAGCAGAUCACGGGGCUGAGCCGGAGGAUCGCCGACGACACCGGGAAGCCGCGGCCUGCCUUCUCCAACGCCCUGGAGCCGGAUUUUAAGGCCCAGAGCAUUGCCGUGACGGGCUCCGGCAGUUGUCAGCACUUGCAGUUUAUCCCCGUGGGCGCCAGGAAGCCACCCUCCACCAUGCCCCCCACAGAGGCGCCCGACCGGGACCCCGAGAAGAGCAGCGAGGAUGACGUGUACCUCCACACGGUCAUCCCAGCCGUGGUGGUCGCAGCCAUCCUGCUCAUUGCUGGCAUCAUUGCCAUGAUCUGCUAUCGCAAGAAGAGGAAGGGCAAGCUGACCCUCGAGGACCAGGCCACCUUUAUCAAGAAGGGGGUGCCCAUCAUCUUCGCCGACGAGCUGGACGACUCCAAGCCCCCGCCCUCCUCCAGCAUGCCACUCAUCCUGCAGGAGGAGAAGGCCCCCCUCCCCCCGCCUGAGUACCCCAACCAGAGCGUGCCGGAGACCACUCCCCUGAACCAGGACACCGUGGGAGAGUACACACCCCUACGGGAUGAGGAUCCUAACGCACCUCCCUACCAGCCACCCCCCCCCUUCACAGCCCCCAUGGAGGGCAAGGGCUCCCGUCCCAAGAACAUGACCCCCUACCGGUCACCCCCUCCAUACGUUCCCCCUUAACUCACAAGCGCCUGGGUGGAGGCAGGGGUAGGGCAGGGGCCUGGAGACAACUCCCAUGUUGUCUGUGGAGACCGGUAGCCCAUAGACCAUCGCCUACCGGUAGCCAACACCCAACCUAGCACACACUGACACACAGGGCCUGGACAAAGCCCGCCCUCUGUGGUCCUCCCAAGCCCCAAAGGAGCUGGAGAACCUUUGGGGACUUUUUUUUUUAAUUUUAUUUUUUAUUUUUAUUUUUAUUUUUAUUUUUGGCCUAACAGCUUUUUGUUUGUUCAUAGAAACUUCUUCGCUGCGUUUUUUGAUGGCUGGCUCUGAAAAGCACUGUUUGAGUAGAAGUAGAUGGCGGGGGAGCGAGGAACCACCGUGAAUGAACUUGCAGACAGUGCUGGGCAAGCCCCCAGCUCUCUGCGUUUUGCCUUUAACACUAACUGUACUGUUUUUUCUAUUCACGUGUGUCUAGCUGCAGGUUGUAACAUGGAAAACAGUAGCUAAAAAGAUUAUAAAGUCAAAGGACUUUCAGAAGUUACGGUUUUAAGUUUUUACAUUUAAUCUGCUGUUUACCUAAACUUGUAUGUAUAAAAAAAAUUUUUUUUUUGGGUGGGUCUGGGGAAUUGCUUUGCUAAAAAUAAGCUCCCAGGGUGUUUCAAACUUAAGAGAAGACCAAGGGACAGUAUUUUUUAUCAAAGGAAUCCUAUUUUUUCACACUUUGUCAACUUGGUUGCUCUGAUCUACCAGAGCCUGACUGGGGGGGCCCCCUGGCCCUGGCUUGGAGGGGCCAGGGCCCUGGUGCUGGGUUUGCUCUCCCGCUGUUGCCAGGGGCUGGAAACCAGAGGGGCCUCUGGGGCCGAUGACACCCCCACCUCUACCCCAUGCACGCUCGUGGCCUACCCCCCGGGGGGGUCUUCAUUCCCAUGGAGAAGGGACUCUGAGAGGCAGCGAUGGCUGUGGCCCCCAACUUAGGUGCUCCAAGGUGGGCCAGCUGCUUGUGGGGGGGGCACUUGAGGAGGUCGAGGGACUUGUCCACAUCAACCCUAUUUUCUUUUUUCCCUUCUCUGUGUGGUUUCCCCACCCCCCCUCCCAACAGGAACACCAUGGUUUUUUGAAACACUCAGUGGGGGACAUUUUGGUGAAGAUGCAAUAUUUUUAUGUCAUGUGAUGCUCUUUUCUCACUCGACCUUGGCCGCUUUAUCCCAGCAGCCCCCCACCCCCACCCUGACCCACCCCACCCCUUUUCUCUGGCGCUCCCGUCCCAGGCUUUUGGGCCUGAACGGCUAGAAAGGGUCUGGUGGCUAGGGCAGAGCGCCAGCAAUAGUUCAUAGUUUAAAAAAAAAAAUCUGUGGGCUCUCAAAGCUAAUUUUUUACUAAAGUUUUUAUACAGCCUCAAAUUGUUUUAUUAAAAAAAUGAUUAAAAAAUGGUGAUGCUUACAGCAGUUUGUACAAGCUCUUAGUGUUGAUUCCAUGGAACUGAUUGAUGGCUUUGCUCAUUUUGAUCCUCCCCCCACUUUUCCUAAAGGGUUAAAUUCUAGAAUUACACUGGGACUUUUUUUUUUUCCCUUCUUUUUCCUGUGUUUUGUUUUGUUUUGUUUUGAUUUUUGGCCUUUUUUAGCAGAACAUCCGUCCAUCUAUCUGCAUCUCUGUCCCAUGACUCAGGCGCGCCCACUCGGCUUCGAUUCUCCUCCUUUUGGAAGAAAACCAUUUUGAGCAUGACUUGUUGAUGUCUGAGUUAUUUCGGGUACCUUUUAGGGAGGAAUGCCUUUCGCAAUAAUGUAUCCCUUCCCUGGUCUAGGGUGGAUGGGUGGACCCAGGCUCCCUUAGCGCCCGGAGCAGCUACUUCUAAGCCAUAUCGACUGUUUUGCAGAGGAUGUGCUGUCUCAUGAGGGGAAGGCCCGCCCGGAGAUCUCUUAAUCUGCUGUUCUCCCAAAGAGCGGUUCCCCUCGGGGGCCUUCUCUCCCCCAGAGCCCCACCCCUCCCCUGCCCCAGCUCCUCGCUGGGUGCUCUGGAGUGAGCAGUGCCCUCGUGGGGACAGUCUGUAGACGAGGGCUCCACGGACGGCUGAUGACCAAGGCCUUGUGCCUCCCAAGUCCAGAUCCAAGCUGGAGUUUCCCUGAUGCCUUUCAGAGGCCGGAACGCAAGUGGGAUCUGACCUGGUGGAAUUUCUGAUGACCUUGUCAAGAAAUAACACACACACAAUCCCCAAUGUUCCAGGUGAGGGCUUGGAAAGGCCUUUCCCAAUAGCUCCGUUGCCCUUAGCAACCCCACCAUUGGGCAUUGCCACACAGAGAAGAGGCUAGCCCAGAAUGGCUUUGUUGCCAUAGCAACUGGAGGCAAUGGGGCAGUGAACAGAAUAACAACAGAAACAAUGCCUUUUGCGGGCGCCCGCCUCCUUGAGGACUGGGCUGGCAAUGGCCACUGGACUCUGAGACGGAGAGCCAAUGUCACAUUCAAGUGUUCACCAACCACUGAUGUGUUUUUAUUUCCUUCUAUAUGAUUUUCAGAUGUGUUUUUCUGCAUUCUGUAUAGAAACAUAUCGAACUAAAUAAAAGCAGUGUCUUUAUUACAA